UCCCUUCACUCCGGUUUUAGCAGCGCUGCCCAGGGCGUUCUGGCUGCUCGCCCGGAGCGAGGCCGUGAACCAGCAGCCACAGCCUGGGCUGCUCCGACUGCGGGAGGCGGAGGGGAGGGGAGAAGGAGGGAAGGGAAAGAGGCUGCUCGCCGCCGGCUACGGCCCCUCGCAGUCGGGGCAGGCGGGCCGGGCCCGGCGGCGCGGUGGGACCCACCGCCGCGAGGCGGAGCAGAGCGGGGACCUGGCCGUGGAGGGGAGAGGGGUUCAGGCUACGCACCCAGCAGCAGCCCGUCCAUGUCAAAGAUCAGAAUAGCGCUUCGUGUCCAGAGAGGUUAUGGAGUCUCCCUCUCUGGAAGCCAUCUGGAUGCAGUUCUGUUCAGUGUGCUCUGGGAUGACCCUGCAGGGAGGUUGGCCCAGGCGGGUCCCUUGCAACCAGACUUAUUUUGUGAUUCCUAAAUCCUGUUUGGUGCUGCUGGCGGGAAAUACAGAACAUGACAUCAAGUUGACAUGUUAGCCAGUGUCUCUUCUGCAUGACUGUGCAGAGGUAACUCUCCACUGGGCAUCGGGAUCACUGAGGCACCAGUUGCAGAGGCAGACAUGAAAAGAGCUGUUUCAGGCUCCCAAGGUGACAUACUGGCUGGAAGAUGUGUACUGCUGUGCCAUUCUGUGUGAGGACACUGGUUAGUUGCAGCUUCACCUAGGGGGAGUCCUGUCUCAUUUGUAGUUUGAUUGUUACAGAUUAAUCAAAAAGUUUUGUAUUUCUGCUGUCAUGUGGAAUGCACAUUUUGUGAACCUUUCUGAGCAAGUCAUCUGUAACUUGUUGCUGGAAGUAAAGGUGAAACUGAAUGCAGUCAUCCUUCCAGUGGAGGAAGAUGGGGCUCCUUUUACUUCUAAUAAUUUGCCAGUGUGCCAUAAACAGUAUCAAAACACACAGUGUUUCAAAGCCCAAUAUAAUUUUACUGAUGGCUGAUGAUCUUGGUAUUGGAGACCUGGGAUGUUAUGGGAACAAAACCUUAAGAACCCCUAAUAUCGACAGGCUAGCAGAGGAAGGAGUGACACUUACUCAGCAUAUAGCAGCAGCCCCACUUUGUACUCCAAGCAGGGCAGCUUUCCUGACUGGAAGAUAUCCUAUAAGAUCAGGAAUGGCUGCCUUCUCACGAGUCGGUGUCUUCUUAUUUUCUGCCUCUUCUGGGGGACUUCCUUCUGAAGAAAUAACUUUUCCCAAACUCCUGAAGCAGAAAGGUUAUGCAACAGCUCUAAUAGGAAAGUGGCAUCUUGGGAUGAACUGUGAAAGCAGUAAUGACUUCUGUCACCACCCCCUCAGUCAUGGAUUUGAUUACUUUUAUGGCCUUCCCGUGACCAAUUUUAGAGACUGCAAACCUGGCCAAGGCAGUGUAUUUUUAAAAGGUGUUCAGAGAGAUCUUGUCAUCCCAGCCCAAAUCACUGGAAUCGCCCUUGUGUCUUUGGCAGUAAUGCAGUACAUUGGCCUUCUCAAAGUACCCUUUCAAGCACUGGGUUACUUCUUGUUAAUAAUCACAAUUUCACUUGUGGUUUUGAUUUUUUUCUUCUAUAAUUUUCGACAAUUAAACUGCUUUUUAAUGAGAGACCAUCAGAUUAUCCAGCAGCCACUCUCCUAUGAGAACCUUACUCAGAGACUCACAAAAGAAGCCAUGAAGUUUAUUGAAAGGAACACUGAUGCACCAUUUCUUCUUUUCCUGUCUUAUCUUCACGUCCAUACUGCUCUAUAUGCUUCAGAAAAUUUCAAAGGAAAGAGCAAGCAUGGUUUAUAUGGUGAUGCAGUGGAGGAAAUGGACUGGAGUGUAGGGCAAGUUCUGGAUGUGCUGGAGAAGCAUAAUCUGAAUGACAAAACUCUUGUAUACUUUACAUCUGACCAAGGGGCUCAUGUUGAAGAAAUCUCCAGUGCUGGAGAAGUCCAUGGAGGAUACAAUGGCAUAUAUAAAGGUGGAAAAUCAACGAACUGGGAAGGAGGCAUUCGUGUGCCAGGUCUUCUCCGUUGGCCUGGUGUGGUACAGGCUGGCGCCCAUAUUGAUGAGCCAACCAGUAACAUGGAUAUAUUUCCUACCAUAGUUAAACUUGCAGAUGCACAGCUACCCUCUGACAGGAUUAUUGAUGGACAUGAUCUGCUACCUUUAGUUCAAGGAGAAGUUACUCAAUCUAAGCAUGAAUUUCUCUUCCAUUACUGUAAUGCAUAUUUAAAUGCAGUACGCUGGCAUCCAGGAAACAGUGAAUCUGUCUGGAAGGUCUUCUUCUUCACUCCCAACUUCAGUCCUGAGGACUCCAAUGGUUGCUAUGAUUCUCACGUUUGCUUCUGCCAUGGAGGAUUCAUUACACGACACGACCCUCCGCUGCUCUUUGAUCUGUCCAGAGACCCUGAAGAGAAAGUGCCACUGACUCCAGAAACUGAGAGCCAUUUCUACGAAGUCAUCAGGGUCAUACAACAAGCAGUAGACAGCCACACCAGAUCCCUGCAUGCUGUUCCUAACCAGCUGUCAUGGGACAACCUUCUCUGGAAGCCAUGGCUCCAGCUCUGCUGCUCAUCUCUCUUGCAGUCUUGUUACUGUGACUAUGAAUCAGGAGGGAGUCCACUACAGGUGCAAUUGGGAUAAAUAAGCUGCAAAUCCCUUUCAGAAACUGGACCAGCUGAGUGUGAGUGUCUGACUUGAACUUAGCGUACAAGCCUUCAGAAGGUUUUGUUGUGUUGGUGGAGGACCAGUCUUCAAAUACAUAUUGCAGUAGAAGAGAAUUUCAGUCAAGAAAGCGUGCCAGGAGAGGGAAGGCAAGACACACCUCCUCUGUCCUUAUCACACAGCAUGAAGGACAUGUUGCUGUCCUCAUAUACACAUGGGUAGAAUUGUAGGCAUUUUCUAUGGGAGAUAAUUUUCUAGACCUUCAGCCUGGGCUUUUGUCUUACACAGCAAAGAAUUUACCGAUCAGUUUUGUCAAUCACAACUGCUAAAUGCACACUUUCCUCUCCUUUUUACUAAGUGUUAUCCAUUAGUAGGACAUAGCACUGAGUAAUUGAAAACAGAGAGAUAAUAGUGGAGGGGUCCUCCUGUGACAGUCAAUUUGUAACUGAUAAAUAGGUUAAGAGCAGACUUGCAACAGAUCUCUGUUAACAACCAUGACAAAUAUGAAAAAACUGACAGCUUGCCAACAGUCUAAGUUUGAAUGUGCCAUAAAAAUGCACAGAGCUAUGGUAGUAGAAGACCUUGUGUCCAUAUUAAAAUUAUGCUCCCCAACAUCACUAUUGUGUGUCCUAUUGCACGGCAGCAACCUUUGUUUCAAAAGGACACCACUUGAAUUGCACCAGCUGCAUGCUUGAGUGUGUACCACAAGUCUCCAUAUAUAUAUAUAUAUAUAUAUGUGUGUGUGUGUGUGUGUGUGCGCAUAAAUCCUUCAAUCUCUGAUAUAGGCACACCCUUAUGAUCAUAUUCCAACUGUUAAAAGAAAAAAUUUGGUCUGUACUUGAUAUAUGAGUUCCAAAUUCACAUGAUACUACAAAGUUGUCUUUCACUUAUUUGUCAUACCUAUUCUUUCACUGAUGAAAGUAAUCACAAAUAAAUAAAAUUUGGUUCUUCCUUUAAAUAUCUUUGCCAUCUUUUAAGCUCUCUGAAUAAGAUCUAUCAUUUUCUGAAAAUAAGCUUGGGCUUGAGUACUUAAAGCCAAAUAUAACUGUCUCUGAGUUCUCAGCAAGGUCUUGGGAAAUCUACUGUCCUCAAGGGCUAAUUUUUGUAUCCAUUUUUAUCUCUGUCUUAUUCAGGCACAUUUUCCUUCCCCUCUACAGGCAGACAAACUAUUUUCUUUGGCAGAUUGCAGAUGAAAAGAAGAUAUCAGCAAAAUACUAAAAUGAUUUGAUGCCUGAUAAUAGAAGGUGACUUGCUCCUUAUCAGAAAGCAGCAGUUAAUUCCCACAUUACAAUGUAUUAAAAGCUGUUUGGGGCAAAAGUGAUCUGUGAUGAUAGUAAUGCAGUAGCUUCAGUCAGCCAGCAUUAAGGUUGUGACCCAGUUCUUGUAAGCUAUUGAAGCCUUUCCUUUAAAAAUGUAUUGUGAUAAAUGGUAUAUUUCUCUGUCUGUAAAACCUAGGUUUUAUUUGAUUUUUCCAUUGCAGUUUCAUUCAAAAUUUCAUUCUCCACAAUACCCAGAAGCCUCUUCUGGGAAAUGUACUUAUUCCUUGAAGUCCUAUUUUUGAUGUUUCACCUUGUGUUCAUGAUCUUAAUUAUGCCCUCAGCAAACUCUCUGUAGGAGGCAAAGCCCCGUGACCAAUAUUUAUCACUGAAUGUACUACAUAACCUUAGGAAGAAAAAUGCCUCUCAUUUGAAUACAAAUAUUCUUCCAUGAGAGCAGCUGCCUUUCAAUGUCAUGGCAGGAUCUGUACAUCCCAAAUUUUUGGUCCUCACCAUGUGGCCCUAGAACCCCUUGGGGCAUGGCACUGGUGCCAGCGUGUCCCUCCUUGCAGCCAAAGGGCAGCACUCAGGCCCAGCUGUGGCCAGAGUGCAGAAACAUCACGGUGUGGAGAGAUGCUCUUUCCAACUCCCACAGCUCUGCCACAGCUUACACAAAAGCUUUGCAAACAAGUACUCCUGAAGAAAAUGGGGAAAAAAAAGGAAAAAAAGUGAUGUGUUCAGUAUACAGUGCUAACUCAGACAAGGGGUUUGGUGUCAUUAGUUCUACUUUGUUUCCACAGUUUCUGGUCUGUGACCUUUGCACAGUACUAAAUGCAUAUUCUCAAGGACACCCACGCUGACUUUUUUUUUAAUCAGGGAGAUGCUGUGUUGCUAUUAUUUCUUUUUCUUUCUUUUUGCAGGUGCAAGAAUUCUUUGUUCUGCUAGGCACAACAGCUGUUCUGUGCUGCUUGAUCAAAUAUCAAAAAUAAUGACUUUUCUACUGCUCUGAUUUCUUCUUGCCUGAAUAUGAUGUUUCUUUCAUACCCCCCUUGGCUUUUGAUGCCACCUUUCUAAUCUCGUUUCUUAAAACAUCCACACCCCUGAAAUAUUUUUCCUUCUAUUUCUUUGCCACUCAGUCCUUCUGUUUGCUUGUCAUAUUGAUUGUAAUGGCUAUUUUGCCUUAAUCAAUCAGAAAAUGCAAAGUAGUCUUUGUCACAAAAUUUGACUUGUAAGGCUCCUUGACUCCACUAACCUCCUGUUUAUUUAAGGUCCAACAGGAAUUAACUUUGCAUUCUGAAAUAUAAGGAAUUAAAACAUACCUGAGAUGUUGUUUAGUGUAAAUAAUAUAAAAUAUUUCUUUUUUGUGGCACAAACCUAAUAUUUUAUAAAUUUUAAUCUAGUACAAUGUUUCAUACUUUGACAUAAGCAGUGAAAUCUGAAAUCCAUUCUUAAAAUUGCUCCUUCAAGAAAGAUUCUGUGAAGAACAGGGCAAUAUUUUUCGUAUUCUUUAUUAAUACCAUUUCAUUUAAUACCUAAAAUAAACCUUCCUUGUAUUGCAAAUGUAUUAUAUCUUUCAGUACUAUACCUUCUGUUCUGGAUAUGGUGUGUCAGAUCAGGGUAAUUAAAGUACUCUUGUUUAUCUGCAAAAUAAAAUGUGAAGGACAAUAUUACAUUUGUGUAAUGGCACUGCUUGAUCUAACAAGAAAAAGUUUUGUUUUUAACAGCAGGUUAUUGAUGGCGUAUACCUGUUUCACAAUUUACUAACAAGGAAGGCUCAAGGAGAGUGUGCUGCUCUGAUACUUGGAAACUGACUUUCAAUCUAUCAUUUAAUGAGCACUGCUCUUGUAACACGGUGCCUGUUUAUAGGAUAUGUCAUUUUAAACAGAGAGUUCAGCUUCAGAGGGUAGUGUAUUCCUCUACAGUAUUGUUUAACAGUAUCAUGUCCUAAUUUGUGACAGAGUCCCUGUACAGCCCAGAGCAAGUCAUUUAACUCAUUUCUCAGCUCCUCUGCUGCACUAAGGAGAGGAAAACAGUAUUUCUCUAACUGCUGGGAAUACUGAAAGAAUAGAAAAUACUGAAAGUAGUAAGCUGGUAAAGGUGAACUUUCUUGUACCUUCUCUGUAGAACACACAAUUUAAAAGCUGGAAAAAUAGGAUUUAGAAGAUCCCCCUAUAUGAGGCUGUAGGUGAUACCCUUAACUUGAGGUUUGCUGGUGGAUUCUGUGUGUUAUUUAGUGGGAUUGUGAUCUGGAGGAGAAAGAAUAGAUGGCUAAAAAAGAUACACACUUAGGAUUCAGAGAAAGUUUUAAGUCCCAUUUUCAUAAUUAUAUUUAUUCUCUUUUCUAGCAGUCAGGAAACUAUGUGGGAUAAUAAAUAAUGUUUUUCCCUCAGGGACUGGAUGUCACAGGUUCUCAGCUUUUAAAAACAGAGAUGUCCCGACUUGCCUCCAAUUAUGGGAAAGUUAAAAAAAAAAAAGGAAAAUAGGAGCUUUGGAGAGAGGUGUCAGCUUGCUUAAAUCCAACUGAAAGUUUGCAGAGAGCUAAGAGAAUCUGUU